GGGAACAGUCGAGUCACUUUGGGUUUUGCAACCGCAAGCAACACUUUACGGCUUUGUCUUCGAGUCUGAAGUAGUUCGUACGCGAGCGAUUUUCUUCAGAUCAUUAGCACUAACAACUGCUGGAAUAAAGUUGAUAGAAGAGAAAUAGAAUGGCGGCAUUUGUGGCACCACAUUUCGAUGCCUGGCAGUCGAGCGGCAACAUGACCGUGGUGGACAAGGUCCCUCCGGAGAUGUUACACAUGGUUCACCCGCACUGGAAUCAGUUCCCACCGAUGAAUCCACUGUGGCAUUCGAUCCUUGGAUUUGCCAUUUUCGUCCUGGGAGUAGUCUCCAUGCUUGGCAAUGGUUGCGUGAUCUACAUCUUCACCGGUACUCGAAGCCUCCGAACCCCAUCCAACUUGCUGGUGGUCAACCUAGCGUUCUCGGAUUUCUUCAUGAUGUUUACGAUGGGACCGCCCAUGGUGAUCAACUGUUGGCAUGAGACUUGGGUCUUCGGGCCAUUCGCUUGCGAGCUCUACGCGAUGUUUGGAUCACUGUUUGGCUGUGCCUCCAUCUGGACCAUGACAAUGAUUGCGUUCGACCGAUAUAAUGUCAUCGUGAAGGGCCUGUCUGCUAAGCCAUUGACCAACAAUGGUGCCUUGCUGCGUAUACUGGGUAUUUGGGCAUUCGCCCUUUUCUGGACUUUGGCUCCAUUCUUCGGAUGGAACCGUUAUGUCCCAGAGGGUAACAUGACUGCCUGUGGUACCGAUUACCUGACUACCACUUGGCUGAAUCGAUCCUACAUCAUCGUUUACGCCAUUUUCGUCUACUGGACUCCCCUGUUAACCAUCAUCUACUCGUACACCUUCAUCCUGAAGGCAGUCUCCGCUCACGAGAAGAACAUGCGUGAACAGGCCAAGAAGAUGAAUGUCGCUUCGCUGCGAUCCUCCGAGGCACAGCAGACCAGCGCUGAAAUCAAGCUGGCAAAGGUCGCUCUGGUAACCAUCUCAUUGUGGUUCAUGGCGUGGACUCCGUACCUGGUCAUCAACUUUACCGGUAUCUUCAAGGCAGCCCCGAUUAGCCCACUUGCCACCAUCUGGGGAUCACUUUUCGCCAAGGCCAACGCCGUCUACAAUCCGAUUGUGUACGGUAUCAGCCAUCCGAAAUACCGCGCUGCUUUGACCCAGAAGUUCCCAGCGUUGUCCUGCACGGAUGCACCAGCGGCAUCAAACAGCGAUGAUAAUCAAUCAACCGUCUCCGGAGCAACAACCGCGACCGACGAGAAGGCUUAAGUACAAAAGCGUCACAGAACUUACACGGUGAUAUUAAUGAUGGCAAACAGUGUUGAUGCUUUAUUUAGAAUAAUAAUUGUGAUCUAAAUAUAAAUCGCUUGCAAAACAUAGAA